UGGUGCUCUGAGAACAUGAGCAAACUUUCCUUCGCUCUCCAGAUGUUUCGGCUGAUUUUGUUUGCCUCCGGAGCCUAUGGUGGUAAUAUCUGUACCACGCGAGGGGUCAACUCAUGUCAACAGUGCUUGGCUGUAAGCCCACUUUGCGCUUGGUGCUUCCACGAGAACCUUCCCUCAGGAGUCCCUCGCUGUGACCUGAAAGUCAAUCUUAUUCAAAGUGGCUGCGCCGAUUAUUUGGAGUUUCCAACCAGCACCACCACUAUCUUGGAAGCCAGGCCCCUCAGUGACAAAGGCUCUGGGGGGAGCAUCACCCAAAUGUCCCCACAGAAGAUUGAGCUCCACCUGCGGCCAGAUGACUCGCAAAUAUUCUCAGUUCAAGUACGGCAGGUGGAGGACUACCCUGUGGACAUCUACUACCUGAUGGACCUGUCUAAUUCUAUGAAGGAUGAUCUCCGCAACAUCCAGAACUUAGGUACCCAGCUAGCUGGGAAAAUGGCCGAAGUGACCAGCAACCUGAGAAUCGGUUUUGGAGCUUUUGUGGACAAGCCCAUGCCCCCUUAUAUGUACAUCUCCCCUCCAGAAGCCAUUAAAAAUCCAUGUUAUGACUUGGCCCCGCCAGAUAACCGCUGCCUACCGAUGUUUGGCUAUAAGCAUGUCCUGGCACUCACAGAUAAGGUGAAGCGUUUCAAUGAGGAGGUGAAGAAACAGCAGGUUUCAAGGAACCGUGACGCACCUGAAGGAGGGUUCGAUGCAAUCAUCCAAGCGAUUGUCUGUGAUGAAAAAAUUGGCUGGAGACCGGAAGCCUCUCACUUGUUGGUUUUCACGACGGAUGCAAAGACACACAUUGCUUUAGAUGGGAGACUAGCGGGAAUCGUCACGCCCAACGACGGGCGAUGCCACAUCGACAGCAACAACUUCUAUGCGGCUUCUACCACACUAGAUUAUCCAUCCCUUGGCCUGAUGACUGAUAAACUCUCCCAGAAAAACAUUAACUUGGUUUUUGCUGUGACAAAAGCCAUUGUGGGGCUGUAUCAGAACUACAGUGAGCUGAUUCCUGGCACGACUGUAGGGACGUUGUCAGGUGAUUCUAGCAACGUUUUACAGCUUAUUUUGGAUUCUUAUGAGAAAAUCCGUUCCAAGGUGGAGCUUGAGGUGCGCAACUUGCCGGAGGAAUUGUCCCUCUCCUUUAACGCCACCUGCCUAGAUGGUGAAGUGAUCCCCGGAGUGAAGUCUUGCGUUGGUCUUAAGAUCGGAGACACGGUAAGCUUCAGCAUCGAGGCCAAGGUGCGCGGUUGCCCCCAGGAGCGGCAGAAGUCUUUCACCAUCAAGCCGGUGGGCUUCAGGGACAGCCUGACAGUGGUCGUAAACUUCGACUGUGACUGCGGGUGCCAGCGCAACGCCCAGCCCGACAGCCCCUUCUGCUCCUUUGGCAACGGCACCUUUGAGUGCGGCAUGUGCCGGUGUAACCCUGGCCGGCUCGGCUCUCACUGCGAGUGCUCGGAGGAAGAGUACAGCCCCAGCCAGAAGGACAACUGCAGCCCCCAGGAGGGGCAGCCGCUCUGCAACCAGCGGGGCGAAUGCAUCUGUGGCCAGUGCGUGUGUUACAGCAGUGACUUCGGCAAAGUCUCUGGCAAGUACUGCGAAUGUGACGACUUCUCCUGCGUCCGCUUCAAGGGGGAGCUGUGCUCUGGUCACGGGAAAUGCGUUUGCGGGGACUGCGCAUGCGACCCGGACUGGACCGGAACCUACUGCAAUUGCACCACCCGGACCGACACCUGCAUGUCCAGCAAUGGGCUGGUGUGCAGCGGGCAAGGGCGGGGCUACUGCGCCUGCGGAAAAUGCAUCUGCACCCAGCCCGGUUCGUACGGAGACACCUGUGAGAAGUGUCCGACCUGCCCUGACGCCUGCACCAUCAAGAAGGAGUGUGUGGAGUGCAGGAAGUUUGAGCGGGGGACCCUGAUGGAGCAAGAUACCUGCAGUCGAAACUGCCGGGAUGAAAUCGAGUCGGUGCAAGAGCUUGGAGACCAUGGAAAAGACGCUGUGAACUGUACGUACAAGGACGAGAACGACUGCGUGGUCCGCUUCCAGUACUAUGAGGACUCCAGCGGCAAGUCCAUCUUGUAUGUCAUCGAUGAACCAGACUGUCCCAAAGGGCCCGACGUCCUGGUAGUCCUCCUUUCCGUGACGGGAGCCAUCUUACUUAUUGGCUUGGCUGCCCUGCUCAUCUGGAAACUGCUCGUUACAAUUCACGACCGGAGGGAAUUUGCCAAGUUUGAAGAAGAGAGAGCUCGAGCGAAGUGGGACACGGCCAACAACCCUUUAUACAGGGGAGCCACCUCCACAUUCACCAACAUCACAUACCGUGGGAAUUCGUGAGGGGAGCUCAGGCCGUGAAGGGCCUUUCUUGCUCAUGUUUACAGAAC